AUGCUGCCUGGGAACCAAGCUCCUGUGAUUGUUCUUAACCAGAACACUCAGCGUGAAGAAGGAAAAAAGGCCCAGCUAGCCAACAUCCGAGCUGCAAAAGCUGUCGCCGACAUCAUUAGAACCACUCUCGGUCCAAAAUCCAUGCUGAAAAUGCUUCUUGACCCAAUGGGUGGAAUCGUUCUAACAAAUGAUGGCAAUGCUAUCCUCAGAGAAAUUGACGUGAAGCACCCUGCAGCCAAAACAAUGAUCGACCUUAGCCGCACCCAAGACGAAGAAGUCGGAGAUGGCACAACUUCAGUCAUCAUCCUUGCUGGCGAGCUCAUGGGAGUCUCAGAGCCUUUCCUCACCCAAAAAAUCCACCCAAUCAACGUCGUAAGUGCUUACUUCAAAGCCUUAGAAGCCGCCUUAAAAGCAGCUGACUCCAUUUCAAAACUCGUAUCAAUCGAAGACAAAGAAACCCUUUCAGUGAUCGCCCAAAGCUGCAUUGGGACCAAAUUUUCCAGCAGAUGGGGAAACCUGAUUGUUGACCUUGCUACCGAUGCUGUAAAAACUGUCUACAUCAAUAACAACGGAAAGGUAGAAGUUGAUGUCAAAAGAUAUGCAAAAAUCGAAAAAAUCCCUGGAGGAGAUAUUGAAGAAUCCAGAGUGCUGAGAGGAGUGAUGUUUAACAAAGACGUGACCCAUCCAAAAAUGAGGAGGUUUAUUGAGAACCCAAGAGUCAUUUUACUUGAUUGUCCACUGGAGUAUAAAAAGGCAGAGUCCAUGACUAAUGUGGAAAUGACAAAGGAAGAAGAUUUUAACACACUUUUGAGACUUGAAGAGGAAGAAGUUGAAAAACUUUGCCAAGCAAUCAUGAGGCUUAAUCCAGAUGUCGUCAUAACUGAAAAAGGAGUUUCUGACUUAGCUCAGCACUAUUUCUUAAAACAAAAUAUUUCAGUGAUUAGAAGAAUUAGGAAGACAGAUAACAAUAGAAUUGCUAGAGUUAGUGGUGCCACAAUUGUAAACAGACCUGAAGAGCUGCAAGAAAGUGAUGUAGGAACCAAAUGCCAUAGGUUCGAAAUCAAGCUUAUAGGAGACGAAUAUUACACCUUCAUGGAAGAAUGUGAAGACCCUAAAGCUUGCUCUAUCUUACUUAGAGGUGCGACUAAAGAUGUCCUUAACGAAAUUGAAAGAAAUAUGCACGAUGCUAUGUCAGUCGCAAGAAAUGUCAUGAUUGAGCCAAAACUUGUCCCAGGCGGUGGAGCUGUCGAAAUGCACGUUGCCAAUGAGCUCACAAAAAUAGGCAGAACCAUUGAAGGAAUCGAACAGCUACCUUUCCAAGCAGUAGCUCAGGCCUUUGAAAUCAUUGCAAGAACUUUAGCUCAAAACUGCGGCUGCAAUGUAGUUAGAACUGUGACUGAAUUAAGAGCAAAACACGCUGAAGAUAACGUAGACGCACCAUUUUGGGGGAUUGACGGCAAUUCUGGGAAAAUUGCUGAUAUGAGAGUUGUAGGAGUUUGGGAACCUUUGGCUGUAAAGAAGCAGACCUUUAAGACUGCAAUUGAGGCAGCUUGUAUGCUUUUGAGGAUUGAUGAAGUCGUCAGUGGAAUUUCUAAGCCUGAGAAAAAGAGUGGACCAGUCGCAGCAGCCCCUGAAGAAAUGGAAGCUUAA